AUGGUUGACAAGCUUGCUCCGUCUGAUAGGCACAAAUUUACACACGAAGGCAGGACGAUAUAUGAGUGGGACCAGAGCCUAAGCGAAGUAAACAUUUACAUCGAGGUGCCUUCAGGAGUGAAGGCAAAGCAGCUUUUCGUCGAAAUCUCAAGCACACACGUCAGCCUUGGAAUACGACCAAAUCCUCCGUACUUGGAUAGGGAUCUGUCCGAGCGCAUUAAGGCGGGAGAAUCAUUCUGGACGUUAGAAGACGGCGUUCUGCAUCUGCAGCUUUGCAAAGCGGAUAAGGGACAGCCUUGGAAGUCGGCGCUUGCUGGCCACGAAAUCAACCCCGCGCAGGCAGAAAACGAGAAGCAACGCCUGCUGCUGGAGCGCUUCCAGGAGGAGCACCCUGGUUUUGAUUUCUCUGGAGCAAAGUUUAAUGGCGAGGCCCCGAAUCCACGCCUCUUCAUGGGAGGGAUGAAUUCGAGCUGA